CCUAUACUAAAUGAUAAAUCAAUAGCAAUGGUUAUUAAGCUGAAAACAUUUACACUGGUAUUGGAUCGGCCGGGAGCUGUCUAUCGGCCACUGGACGUCCUAAGUGGCCAAUGUAUCCUACAAUUGGACGGCGAGAUGCACCUGAGCCAGCUGACCAUUACCAUGAAAGGCAGGGCCGAAUGCGAAUGGACCGAACAGGUCAAACAGCCUAAACACUCGGGUAGACGAUCAUCGGAAACGGUAUCGGCAUCGGGAUCGGCAACAUCAACAUCAUCGGUCAACACUACCGAAACUAUUAGACACUAUCAGCGAUACAAUUGUGUUGAACUACCCUAUUAUCCUGGGAACAUCUAUCCAUCUGUCCUUCACAACGGCCAACAUAUCAUUGCAUUCAACUUUCAAUUACCCGAUCGGAUACCGGCCACCUAUGAUGGCCAGUACGGUCGCAUACGGUACUGGCUUAAGGCUCAUAUCAAACAGGACGGUCCGGACGAGACAACAAUACAACCGUUUACUGUACAGACACCGGCCUAUGUUUCCAUACAGGAGCUAACGCAACCGGUUCUCGUAUCGAAAGACAAAACUGUUGGCCUCAUAGGCGGCAAACCAUUGAUACUGCGCUGUCAACUGCACAGCCGGGGCCAUAACGUCGGGCAUAGUAUACCGGUUCACUGUUUUAUUGAUAAUCAAUCAAAAAAAUCAAUGAUCCUGAAGGCUGCCCUCAAACAAGAGGUCCAGUUUACAGCCAAUGGUGUCAACAAACAAACCCGACAAAAACUGACCCGUGGUCUGGAUCAGACAGUCGGUGCCUCCACACAGACCAAUACGAUUGUCGAACUACAGGUACCGCCCAAUGCACCGGUAGUUCAUUCGGUUUGUCCGAUAAUAUCCAUCAAAUAUCAGCUGUCCGUUAAACUAGAUAUUCCCGGUUCGUUUGAUCUUAAAUGUGAUUUACCUAUUAUACUGACCAACGAACCGAUAGCUAUCGGUGCCGGUGUCGGUGCCGGUGUCGGUAUCACCUCAUAAUACUGUACUACCGGUACUACUAUCCUAAUAUUAUUGUACUGCCAAACCAAACAAUUUAAAUACCUAUAUAAUGUAUAUGAUAAAUACAAUAUUACAAUUACUGUACCUACCGGUGCUCAAUUCCUUA